CUGAAAAAAUAUGUAAAGAUUAAUGACCUCUAGUAGGCAUCUAGAUUCGGACAACAAAGAGGAUUAUGGGCGUGUAGCUGAAUUAGACGAUCAGGUUACAAAUCUGGGUAAUUUGGGGGUUGGAUUAGCCUAAGAAUCACGCAUUCAUCGGCGCUGAAUCCCCCCCCGCAUCCCUGCCAAUGAACAACCAAACAGGCAAUUAGGAUGCCGAGAUGAUUUCUGGUGACGCUGCGAUGGGUACCUGCGAAGAUACCGAAAUUCAAACAAAGAUGAGGAUCCGGUUUGAUUUCAAGUUGGUGUAGUCGUUUUCUUUCAUUAUCGCUGCCCUUUGCUGACGUUAUUUGGCCAUGAUUUUCCUGCGGAGGCUCGUGCAGCUGCUGGUGCUGCUGAUCCAGAGCGGAUGGUGGGGGGUCGCGCCGAGCCCCACCGACGAGGGAGCACUCCGGGCCGGUCACGGGGAGCACGGAGAGCCGGGACACCAGGAGCCGCACAAGGACUCCUACAGCACCUUCGCCUCCGAGUUCCUGGAGUCCAGAUAUCUGUCCGAUGACGGUUAUCCGUUCCCCACCGCCCCACCAGUGGAUCCCUUUGCCAAGAUCAAAGUCAGCGACUGUGGAGUAACCAAAGGCUGCAUAAGAUAUGGGAAGCCAGGGUGUGAUGCUGAGACGUGUGACUACUUUCUGAGUUAUCGCCGCAUCGGGACAGAUGUGGAGUAUGAGAUGAGUGCGGACACAGACGGCUGGGUGGCCGUAGGUUUCUCCUCUGACAAGAAAAUGGGAGGAGACGACGUCAUGGGCUGUGUCCAUGACGACAACGGACGUGUGCGGAUUCAUCACUUCUACAACGUCGGCCAGUGGGCAAAGGAAAUAAAGAGGAACCCGGCUCGGGACGAAGAGGGCAUUUUUGAGAGCAACCGGGUGACCUGCCGGUUCAAGCGUCCGUUAUACGUCCCAAGAGAAACACUUGUGGCUUUACACCUGUCAUGGUAUUACCUGUUUGCAUGGGGACCUGCAAUACAAGGUUCCAUUACGAGGCAUGACAUCGACAGUCCGGUCAGCGACCACAUGAUCAGUAUCUACAAGUAUGAGGACAUCUUCAUGCCUUCUACAGCUUACCAGACCUUCAAUUCUCCCCUCUGCUUACUGCUUAUUGUAGCCCUCACCUUCUAUUUACUAAUGGGAACGCCAUAAUGACACGCAGCAGAACUCAUAGUGGGAAAAAACAGGGAAGAGAAGAUGAAGUAGCAAUAAAAAAUUUUGUCUGAUGCCACUUUAAAGUGUGCGCUUUGCACAAAGAGACACUGUAUUAGGUAUAUUAAACAUGAUAGAGAGUAUAUAUUCAUUACUCUGAACAUCAUACAGAGGAUCUUGACAGUAUUAAACCUAUAUUGUAGAGGUGUCAUGUACUGGUGUCAGUACAAAACAAGAGGUCUGUUAAAAGAGUAGUGUUAUAGUAUAAAUAGGCCUGUUAUUCUGAGUAUUUAUGAUAGCUUCCAAGUAUUUAAAAAAACACAUGCAAAUAAAUAAACCUCACAAGUCUUCUAAAUACUGCAUGCACUGGAAAUCUGGCGAUGGUUACAAAAACCCACUGUUCACUGGUGAUGGGAAGACAGUGCCUCAUGUUGAACUUGGCUUAAACACAAAUGUUUUCUUCGGACAAAGGAAGCAGCUCACAGCUGUUUGCACACACUCUUCCCGUCCGUUUACCCUGUUAUGUUUAUAUAGAUGUCAUCCUUUGCAAAAACAAGACAAAAAAGAGGGUUUAUUUGAUCGUUCGGACUAUCACAAAAUAUAGUUUCCCAGGGAUUGUCUACAGUAUGUUUACAAUGUGAAAGAUUUGAAUUACUUUUUCUAAUGUUUAUGUUUGGCACUCAUAAACUCUUCUCAUCUCA